AUGGGAAAAGUUACUAGCUGGUACCCAGGGUGGCAUUACGCUUUGCUCGCCGCUCGGACCUGGCUUUUGAUCCUUACUUUUGGCUUUAUCGGAGCAGACAUCACUUGCCGAUCGUGCCGCUGGCAGGUGCAGCUACAGCCGCAGCCACCAGCCCGAGGAUUAUUAAUGAACUUGAGGACGGCACGAGGAGGCGAUGGGGCCGGAGAGAUACCUGUGGAUAAAAGAGGUGAGGAGCCCGCGAAUCGCAGGCAAGAGGCGGCGGAUGCCGGCAGUCCGAUCUCGGCUGCUUCUGUCGGGGAGAAACGUGUCGGCAUGGGAUCAAAGGGUUGGAUGGGACCGAGCAAAGUAACCGGCGAUCUGCAAGAAUUUUCCCCGAUCCGACCCAGACACUCUCCUCCGGAUGUUGGCAGGCCCAUCCGCAAAAAGUUAGCCUCGGCUGCCGCUCUGUUUCCAGCGGGAAGCGGAGGACGUCGAGGGGCCACUUCGGAGGCCAGCCGGAGGUCCGGAUCGACGCUCCUGAGCCGGCGAAGAAAGAAUAACCGGCACGAUCGGACUAGGCGGUCGAGUCGGAAACCCAGAGGAGCUCCGGCUGAAAGAGACGCGCCGCUGGAGAGCAGGGCGCGGGCAGCGUCGGAGCAACUGCUGGCAAAAGCCACGCGCUUCCGACAGGAAGAACUCAAAUUGACAAGCACGACCUUUGCUCUCACUGGAGAUUCGGCGCAUAACCAAGCCAUGGUGCACUGGUCGGGCCACAACAGCAGUGUUAUUUUAAUUCUGACAAAGUUGUAUGACUACAACCUGGGGAGUAUCACAGAGAGCUCACUGUGGAGGUCAACUGAUUAUGGGACAACAUAUGAAAAGAUGAAUGACAAAGUGGGCCUGAAGACCAUUUUGAGCUACCUUUAUGUCUGCCCAACAAAUAAGCGUAAGAUUAUGUUGCUUACGGAUCCUGAGAUUGAAAGCAGCCUGCUGAUCAGUUCUGAUGAAGGAGCCACCUAUCAAAAAUACCGGCUGAACUUCUACAUCCAUAGCAUGCUCUUUCAUCCCAAGCAGGAGGACUGGAUUUUGGCAUACAGUCAGGAUCAGAAGUUGUACAGUUCAGUUGAAUUUGGAAGAAGAUGGCUACUUCUACAAGAAUCCAUAACCCCAAAUAGAUUCUACUGGUCUAAAAUGGGUACCAGCAAAGAUCCAGACAUACUCCACAUGGAGGCAAAAACACUGGAUGGCCAUGCACAGUACAUCACCUGUAGGAUGCAGAACUGCUCUGAAGCUGUAAGAAGCAAGCCUUUUCCUGGAUAUAUUGAUUCGGAUUCUCUCAUUGUCCAAGAUGACUAUGUAUUUGUUCAGCUGACAUCUGGAGGUCGUCCGCAUUACUACGUGUCUUACCGCAGAAAUACUUUUGCGCAGAUGAAACUUCCUAAAUAUGCUUUGCCAAAGGACAUGCAUGUUAUCAGCACUGAUGAGAAUCAAGUGUUUGCUGCAGUUCAGGAAUGGAACCAGAAUGAUACAUACAACCUUUACAUCUCUGAUACCCAGGGGAUUUACUUUACCCUGGCUUUAGAAAAUGUCAAAAGUAGUCGAGACCUAGAAGGCAAUGUGAUGAUAGACCUGUAUGAGGUAGCAGGGAUAAAGGGAAUGUUCUUGGCUAACAAGAAGAUUGACAACCAAGUAAAAACUUUCAUCACCUACAACAAAGGCAGAGACUGGCAUUUGCUGCAGGCCCCGGACACAGAUCUGAGAGGGAACCCAGUUCGUUGCCUGCUACCAUAUUGCUCCCUUCAUCUCCACCUGAAGGUUUCAGAGAAUCCUUACACUUCUGGUAAUAUUGCCAGUCGUGAUACAGCUCCAGGAAUCAUUGUGGCCUCUGGUAACAUUGGAUCAGAGCUGUCAGAAAAUGAUAUCAGCAUGUUUGUUUCGUCUGAUGCUGGAAACACUUGGAGACAAAUCUUUGAAGAUGAACACAGCGUCCUUUAUCUGGACCAAGGUGGGGUUUUGGUUGCUAUGAAACAUACAUCUCUGCCUAUCAGACAUCUCUGGUUAAGUUUUGAUGAGGGAAGAUCUUGGAGCAAGUACAGUUUCACCUCCAUCCCGCUGUUUGUUGAUGGGGUUUUGGGAGAGCCUGGAGAAGAGACUUUAAUAAUGACCGUUUUUGGACACUUCAGCCAUCGUUCUGAGUGGCAGUUGGUAAAAGUGGAUUACAAGUCCAUUUUUGAUAGACGGUGUGUGGAUGACGAUUACCGACCUUGGCAGCUUCACAGCCAGGGAGAAGCAUGCAUCAUGGGAGCCAAAAGGACUUACAAGAAGCGUAAGUCGGAAAAGAAAUGCAUGCAAGGCAAGUACGCCGGAGCCAUGUCCUCUGAGCCAUGUGUCUGCACAGAAGCAGACUUUGACUGUGAUUAUGGAUUUGAGCGCCACAGCAAUGGCCAGUGUUUGCCAGCUUUUUGGUAUAACCCAUCAUCUUUGUCAAAAGAGUGCAGUCUUGGUCAAAGUUAUCUCAAUAGUACUGGGUACAGAAAGGUCGUGUCUAAUAACUGCACAGACGGUGUGCGUGAACAGUACACAGCCAAGCCGCAGCAGUGUCCUGGCAAAGCCCCGAGAGGACUUCGGGUUGUCACAUCAGAUGGCACACUGACAUCAGAACAAGGGCAUAAUGUUACCUUCAUGGUACAGCUGGAAGAGGGUGACAUUCAAAGAUCAAUAAUCCGCGUGGAUUUUGGAGAUGGUAGUGCUGUGUCAUAUGCCAAUCUGAGCUCAACAGAAGAAGGAAUCAGGCACAUCUAUCAAAAUGUUGGCAUCUUCCGUGUAACUGCACAGAUCAGAAACAGCCUGGGGACUGACACUGCAGUCUUGUAUUUGCAUGUAAAUUGUCCUUUAGAGCAUGUCCAUUUGUCGCUUCCAUUUGUAACAACAAAGAACAAAGAAGUUAAUGCCACAGCAAUAUUAUGGCCCAGUCAAGUUGGAACCUUAACAUAUAUUUGGUGGUUUGGAAACAAUACUGAGCCAUUAAUUACUCUAGAAGGGAGUAUCACAUUUACCUUCUCUACAGAAGGUAUGAACAUAAUCACAGUACAAGUUUCUGCAGGAAACACUAUUCUGCAAGACACCAAAAUGAUUGCAGUAUAUGAGCAUUUUCAGUCUUUACGUCUUUCGUUUUCUCCAAAUCUGGAUGACUACAAUCCAGAUAUUCCUGAAUGGAGACGGGACAUUGGUCAUGUCAUCAAGACAGUUCUAGUUGAGGCAACAAUCAUUUCCAGUGAACAUAUUUUGGUAGCAAUCUUGCCAGGGUUACCCACCUCAGCUGAACUCUUUAUUUUGCCCUAUAAGAAUACCAAUGGAGAAAGUAAAGAAACAGCUGAAGAUCUGCAACAGAUUUCAGAAAUAUUGGUCCAGAAAUUAAACCAAAAUGCCAUUCAGUUUGACUUAAAACCUGGAGUUAGAAUCCUUGUUCAUGCUGCUCAUUUAAUAGCAGCUCCACUCAUAGAUGUCACGCCUAGCCAUAGUGGUUCAGCCAUGCUAAUGUUACUGUCUGUAGUAUUUGUGGGAUUGGCAGUAUUUGUAAUUUACAAAUUCAAAAGGAAGAUUCCGGGCAUUAAUGUUUAUGCACAGAUGCAGAAUGAGAAAGAUCAAGAGAUGGUCAGUCCAGGCAGUCAAAGUGAAAGCAUUCCUAAUGUCCCUCAGAGGGAGCUGAUGAACCCACAGCAACUAGUAGAUGAGAAGUUGGAUACCAAGAUCAUCGGAAGUAUUUCCACAGUUGCUGAGACUCAAAGCACAAAAGAAAUUCCUACCUGUAUCAAUGUUUGA